GCCUCGUUGUGGCACUCGUUAGCACUCGGGCGGGCUUCCAGUUUUUCCUGGCUAUGCACUUGGCAUUAUGCCUACUAACCCUAUUUUCGCAGCAGUUUCGCAGCGAGUCCCAUUUUUCAAGUUGCACACGGUGGGGGGAUACAUACACACACAAACCCAUUGCGAUUUUAGUGCGAUUUUCCCAGAACUAGCAGCAGCAGCAGCAGCAGUGGCAGCAACAGCAACAGCAGUGGCAGCAACGGUGGCAGAAACCGAGGCGCAACCCCCACGAAACGGAAAGUUUGUGCAGCAGCAGCAGCAACUGUGUUUGUGGCACUCGAAUUUGGGACACAUUCCUGUAAAGGACGCAGCUCCGGUCAGCUGCUGCUGCCACCAAUAAAUAAUAAUAAUAAAAAAAAAUCCAAAAAACAAAAAAAACACAAAAAAUCAAGGCACAAAAAAAAAACGCGCGCGGUGCAACAUAAUUAUUUAAUAAGUUGUUGAUUUUCCAGUGAAAUUAUAAAGAAACAAUAGGAAAGUUGUAAAUUUUAAUUGGAAAAAACAGGAUACGGAAAAAGGAUCAAAGGGAAGAGGUGUGCAGCUUCUGUUCAGUUCGGUUGUGGGUGUGAGAUUAUUGAUUUACAUGUGCGGUGCUGAAAAAUCGAUUAUUAAAGCCACUUUCCACUCACAGCUGGUGUGGCAGUGAAGAUGGUGGUGGUUGCAUAGGUGGGGGGGGGGUUGCGUGCCGCAAUGUGGGAAAUCAACAGAAGCAACAAUAACAACAACAAGAGAAGCAACAGCAACAGCAACAGCAACAGCAACGCUGGCAGAGACACCCUUCCAACUGUUUUGACGUCGGCUUGUGAUUCCAAUGGCGCUGCUUCUGCCAAAAUCGUAUGCUGCAGCGCAGCCUUGCAGCCAUCCAGUGGCGCCGCGUUGCAUGUGCAGCACCACCAACAACAACAGCAACAACAACAAAAACAAGAGCAGCAAAAACAACAACAGCAGGACACGAAAGCGAGGAUGACAACAACGUCGAAGAGUUCGACUGCGACCGCUAACAGAUACAGAUACAAGCCCAGUUAUUGCCACAGAUACACAGCAACACUUGCUGGCCAACAACACUAGCCUGCAACAUAUUGUGGCAAAAAUAACAUCAAAUUCAAAAUAAUCAAAGUGAAACACACAAAUAUUCCGAAGAGAAUGCAAUUUAAAUCAAAUGUUCUGAAUCUCAGAAUCGCAGAAAUCGCACAAAGUUGAGUAUACGACCCGUAUUUCCAGCUGCAAAGCGAACCGAAACGAAACGAAACGCACAGGUGCAUCAUUUCCCUUACCACGCCCCCCCCCCCCCCUCUGCUCCUAGCUAUUCCCGCCCUUUGCUACUUGCCCCAUGCCCCAUGCCCCAUACCUCCUCCUCCUGGUGGUAUCUACACCAAUUGACAAGCAAUCGAGGAAAUGCAAAUAAAAAAAUGAAUGAAUUCGUUUAGUCGACAAUUUUUAAGUGCACUUUCGUAAGGCUGAUUUUGAAUUUAUUUCGAUGUUGUGCUUCUACACCCAAAACCAAAGUAAUUAAAAACAAAAUUAAUUAAAAAACCAAGUAAUUAAAAACAAAAUAAAAACAAAAAAUGUAUAAUUAGUGGAGAGAAUUGCCAGAAAGAGCAACGAACCAAGUGAAAGUGUGAGUGUUUUAGUUUCUAAGCCAAAAGGAAGUCACAUACCGAAGGAUAUUGGAGGAGUUUUCUUUAGA